AUGGCAGUGGCCGAGGCACAGCUGUACGCAAAGGUGUCCACCAAGCACCGGGGCAGGAGCACCUCUGCCCUCCUCGAGCCUCUCCUGGCCAAAGGAUUCCCGGCUCAUAUCGCGCAAAAAGCCUUGGUUGCUACUGGACAAAAGACAAUAGAAGAUGCAGUAAAAUGGUUGCAUUCCCACUGCAAUGACCCCUCCCUGGAUGACCCAAUCCCUCAGGAAUACGCCCUUUACUUGUGCCCCACGGGCCGCCUGCACAGCCGCCUGCAGGACUUCUGGCAGGAGAGCAAGCGCCAGUGCGGGAAGAACAGAGCCCACGAGGUUUUCCCCCAUGUCACCCUCUGCGACUUCUUCACGUGUGAAGACCAGAAAGUGGAAUUACUGUAUGACAUCUUAAAGCAAGUUGGUGACAGCUUUUCCCAGAGCUUUCCACCAUCCAUUUCCUUAACACUACACGCAUCUCCCAGCUACCUUGGCUUCUUCAUUGAUGACAUCCAGGCAAAUGUCCUCAAAGAGUUUGCUGUGGCAUUCUCAUCAGAGGCUUCAGCCCUGGCAGACUGCCACGUGAAGCCCUCCUUGAAGCAGUUCCACCUUACCUUGGCCCACAGGUUUUAUCCUCACCAUCAGAAGACUUUGGAACAAUUGGCCAAAUGCAUUAACCCAGGGGAGCCGUGCCAGUGGGUGGCUGCUCUCUAUUCACGGGACAUGCGUUUUGUGCAUUACCAGAGGCUGAGGGCACUCUUCCAGUACAAGCCCCAGAACAUUGACGAGCUCCUGAUCAAUGCUGGGGAUUUGAUCUACGUGGACCCACGGCAGCAGAGCGACGUGAGCGAGGGCUGGGUGAUCGGCACCUCGCACCGCACCGGCUGCAGGGGCUUCCUCCCAGAGAACUACACCGAGAAAGCCCACGAGUCAGACACCUGGGUCAAGCACAGGGAAUAUGUUUUUAACACAGCUUUGAGACCCUUCACUAAAGCUGGAAAGGAACCCAAUGUAAAGCUGAAUGGGGAAGCCCAUAAUCUCAGUAUGUCAAGGAGUGCAACCAAUGUUCUUUCUCUUCAGAACGCCGCCCUGCGGAGAGCGGUGCUGGUGAUGCGCCACGGGGAAAGAGUGGAUCAGGUCUUUGGCAAAUCUUGGCUUCAGCAGUGCCUGACUGCAGAUGGGAAAUACUACAGAGCAGAUCUGAACUUCCCCUCCUCCCUGCCGAGGCAGAAAGACAGCAUGAAGCAGUUUGAAUGUGAUCCUCCAUUAUCCUGCUGUGGUAUUUUCCAGUCAAGGCUUAUAGGGGAAGCUCUGCUGGACCAGGAGGUGACAGUCAGCUACGUGUACUCGUCCCCUGCCCUGUGCUGCGUGCAGACAGCUCAGCACAUACUGCAGGGGCUUAAAUUAAAUCAAAAAGUCAAAAUCAGGGUGGAACCAGGACUGUUUGAAUGGACCAAGUGGGAAGCAAGCAGAGCAAUCCCUAACUUCAUGACUGUGGCAGAACUGGUGGAGGCAUCUUAUGACAUAGAUACAACUUACAGGGGUAACUUCCCACUCUCUUCUCUGGUGCCAUCAGAAAGUUAUGAAGACUAUGUCAGCAGAAGUUCUGCGGUUAUAAAACAGAUCAUCAGUGACUGCCCCAGCAAAGGCAUCAUCCUCAUGGUGGGCCACGGCUCCUCCUUGGCAUCUCUCACCCGAGCGCUCACAGGGCUCCCCAGCAGAGACAGCCGAGACUUUGCCCAGAUGGUGAGGAAGAUCCCUUCCCUGGGCAUGUGUUUCUGCGAAGAACAGAAAGAGGAGAACAAAUGGAAGAUGGCCAACCCACCAGUGAAGACAUUAACUCAUGGAGCAAACGCAGCAUUUAACUGGAGAAAUACUGUCAUGGAAGAUUAAAAGGUCAUCUCUGCCUUUGCAGUUGUCAAAAAGGAGCCAAAGGCAGGUUAUGGUUCAUCACAGGGCAGUGAUUCAUCCAGAAGACACACAGAGGGUGGGAAAUGCCCUCUCUGAGUUGUCAAAACACAGAAAAACACUUCCCAAGUUUGGUGCCUGGAUUUUGUUUUUAUUUUGGUGACUGCGAAGAAUGAACUCGUGAAACAGAAUUGAAGUGAGAAGUAACACUUCUGGUGGUGGUGAGGAAAGUACCUUUUAACUUUCCCUGAGUGUAGAAAUCUUCAAUAAAUAGGGAUGUAACUACCUGAUAUUCCACUCCAAGAGGCACUGAAGUUAAAUAAUGUCAUAUUUUUUGAGACCAAACUGCAUCCAGCAAGAAUUCCCUUUCCGUUUUUUCUCUUCUUCAGUCACUUGGAUAUUUUCAGACAACAGAAAAACUGGGACUGAAAAAAAGUCAAUUCCUACCCAAAGAGGGGACCAGCUCUUGCUAAAGCCACUGUGUUUCCUGUUCACUCCAUCAGUUCUGUGGGAGUAAAUAUCAUACUGACUCUGUGUUUACCUCUUCUAUGAAGGGAGUCCAUUUUCUUUCACACAAGCUCCUCAUCCAGCAAUUCUCAAGCGAUGCAUAUUGCCAAAGGGUCUAAAGUAUUCCUUUUUGAAGGGAAAUCAACUGAUUGUUGUUUCUGGGACAAAGAAAGAUGUCCUGUGUUAUUGUACUGGUGACAAAACUGACAUGAGCAGCUUUAACUCUGAACCCUUCCAGAGGUGGCACUUGCCCCACAACAGCUUUGCUUUGUGCUGGUUUGUGCCAAAUUUAUUAAUGGUGACCUGAAAAGUUUCUGCAGCUCUUCUCUAGGCACUGUGUUUAAUUAAGGGAACUUAAUUAAGCAGCCCUGAAAUUUUAUGCACAAACAGGAACAUGCCUUUCCACUGUGUUUUUUUUUCUCCUGCUUUUCCUUUCUGGUUAUCAGAUAACUUCUUCCAAGAAAGUACAAUGUUUCUUUCAAUGAAAGGAAAAAUGAAAAUGUUUCUCUCAGAGCAUGACUAAAAAUGUUUUCAUUUUCACUCCUCACUACCUGCUCCUAUGUGACAUCUGCCUGCAUGCCAUUAGCCAUCAGGGCAUGCAGAAGAGCCCAUCCAACAUUCUGGCUUUGGGGCUGAGAAGUAUCUGACAGGCACCUUUAGCUGUGAAUGUAGAGAUUUUGUUAUCUCAGCUGUGCAGCUGCAGGGAUUCAUUCUGACUUUCCAGCUCUGGUGGAGUUGCUUGAGCUCUCAGUUUUCUGACAGUGCUGCAAUUUUACUGUGAAAGUCAAAUGUCCCAGGGCCAAGACAGGAGCUCUUUAAUGACCAAGGGCACCGGACUCGAGCUCAGGAGACAGGUGGCUACAGCUGCAGUCUCAGAAAAAGAGAAAAACACCAAAUGUCACCACAACCUUUUCGUAAUCAGGGGAAGCAGGAUGCCACUGCAGUGCUGAGAGGAUUGUGGCUUGGUUGCUUUUCCACAUCUCAGCCUGACACACAUUGCUGUCAGCCAAAGGAGGCAGGUGUGGUGAGGGAUGAUUUUGCUCUGAGCUCUGAAGAUGGUGGCCAGGCUCCUCUGUGGUCAGCAGGGAGGGCAGUGACUCACAAGUCUGGCUGAGAAAGGGCUCUAUGGUACAAGAAAAUCAGCAAAGCCACUUACAAGAUUGGUAAUUUCUAAUUAAUUAGUAAUAUUAAAUUUCAUUACAGAUUUUCUUCUACCUUUCUGGAGAUAACAUGGGAUUUUUUUCCAUAAUGCUCUUAUGCAUUAAUCCUAGAUUGGGUCUGCAAACCCCAGUUUGGUUUAAGAAUCUGUGUCUUCCUUUAAAAUACCAAAAUAAAAUACCAAGUGAGAUCUCUCCCUUCACCCAAUGGCAUCAGAUGUAUUGUCAGGGUGAGUCUCUUGUGAAAAAUAACCUGUAAGAACAGCUCCAUCUCAUUUCUCUAACAGCAUCAUCUCCUUUCUUUAAGGAAAAGAGCUUUCCUGUGCUGCUGUGCCACUGUGUAUAACAUAACAAUGAAAUAGUUCUUUUUGCUUUUCAGUCCUUCUGGUCUGCAGAAUAAUGUUUCUGAAAUGACAGUCUAAUCCUGUUAUUGUCCAUCCAGCUCCUAUCCUGAACGAGUGUGUGCAGCUCCCUAGUGGCAGGUGACAGGAGGGGAGAAGAACAUGAUGGCUAGGGAAAGUGUCUGUCUCUUAUAGAGGAUGGAUUUUACUGCUCCACCCAAUCUUGGCAUCUAUUCAGAUGCCCACAGUCCAUGGACAACACUAUUGACAAGUUAAAUAUACUCAACAGGCAGAUUCCUAAAACGCUCGAACCAAAAUCCCACUGUGCUCUUCUUUUAUUCUCAAUAAAAAGGAAUUAUUCUCACUCCAAGGAAUUUUACUUCAGUGAAAGCAAUGAAUUAAACUUCAGGGCAUGUUGAAAAAAGAGUUUGGGAACUUUUCUUUUGUGGUGGUUUCUAAUCCAGACAUCACAGUGCUAAGGAAGUGAGGACAAAUGCUUAGUCACAAAAUACUGUAUUAAAGUUAUAAAGACUUCUCCAUGUCUGCUGUUUGAUCCAAUUGAACAGAAAGAACAUGAAUAGAAGGAACAGGCAGCACACUCAAGAAUCCAUUGAAACUCUCACAGUCUUAAAAAUAGAAGGGCAAGGACAAGUUCUUCUAUUCACAAGAACCCUGAUUUUGGCUUUCUGGGGACCCCAUGAGUACAGCUUCAGCUCUGAACACGUUUUAAGAUCAGAGCUGAAAUUA